AUGGAGCUACCUCAUCGUCCUCCAAACUACACACCUCGGGGAAAAACUGAAAAUCUUCAGCUCUUACAGAAGCAACAGGAACCGAGUAGUGACAUUAAAAGAGAACCUGACACCAUCUCAACUCUUACAAACACCCCCGAUACCCCCACGACGCUUUCAACAAGCCACUUAGAUUCUCAGGGAUCACUUUUCAACCUUACAACAAUGCCAUUUUUACUUCUUCUCGAUGGCGCAGAUACCAUGGUGUUCAUUGACCCUUCCCCGGAGACCAUCCGAUCCAAGUUGCCUCUUUCCCCACAAACAGUUCCCCAUCGCAUCCACAGUGAGAAGUUAUUGGCUACAGGCUCAGCCUACUUCAAACGACUCUUCAAUCCGCAAAUGCAGACCCGGGUCCGAAAGCGACGCGGCUUGACUGGCAAACUUCCAGAUGGGAUUCGAUACAUCUUAGACCUCACACCCCCAACCCUAGAAGAAGAUGCAGUCAUCUUCCUAACCGAGCUUUCCUGUCCUAUGAGUAUCAGGACAUGGGCCUCGAAACAGCAUAUUUGGAGUCUGCCAGGGUCGUGUGUUGGAGGACAAGAUGACUUGGAACCCUUCGAGCAGCUUACACAAUUCCCUACAGAAUCGCCUGACCCCAGGGCUGGUACCGAUAUCGACCACCCUGGAUAUUUGGAAAAUGACCAAUUUUCGGCAUCACAACCUGAAACAGUAGAGCAGACAGGCUUGCCGGCGGAAUACUCAGCCUCCCGCCAUCGUGAAGGCAUUGAGCAUAUUCUCCACGUUCUGGAAGGACUAAACCCUAGAAUAGACACUCCUUGCAAGAUGUGGACCUUUUUUGCCCUCGCCAAAAUAUUUGACGUGGCUACGGUGCCGGCCAUCUGCGACCACAUCAUCUCGUGGUUCUACGAACUCAACAACACUCGGUUCAUCGAACUUCAUCCAGAGGUAGCAUAUCGAGUGGCAUGUGGUAUCAAAUCUCCCAGCCUAUGCCGAGACGCCUUUGUCGAAAUGGUUGGGGAUGAAGCCCUGCUGUACCUGAUUCGGGCCACACAAUUCAAGUCAAUCGGGUCCGUGGAAAGCUUGGCGCGGAGCCGAAUUUCCGAUGUUCUAGAUGACACCGAGGUGCAGCGUAUUGAGUAUGCCAGCAAGAGUUUCGGCGACUACGUUGUUCGAUGCUUCCUACAGUUGACCGGGAAUGAAAUGCCCUGGUUGGCACGCAUUGUUGAGUUCCAGAAGCUUUCCCGCCAUGCUCAACUUUAUCCUGCAGAUCAAGGAAUCAUAUGUCAACUAGUCACGACACUGAAGGAAUUCAUUCGAGGUCGCAUCUACGGGGCUCUGAUCAAGGGAAGGGACACAAAUCGCUCAUUCCAUGUGGCGCCAAACUUGGUGAGAUCCGAAGACCCGUACGAUCUUUGGGGCAUGGACAAGAGGUUUGUCCUUCAGCGAUUGAUUGGGCAAAAAUUCUGGGAGACGCUAGUAUGGCAGGAUCCCUAUCAAGAUGAAGCACCUCGUCUAGAGUCCCAUUCUUCCAUAGCAGAAAUCGGCAAUGGCUCACUAGCCUUUGGUGCCGAAACAGCAGCAACGAUUCGCCAGGUGUCUCAUGGUGAAAUUCUCCAGAUGAGCCAUGUGUUCAACCAAGCGGUUAGGGCUAGAGAUCAGGCUCGUCACGAGGAGGAGACUCUGGCUGCGCAACAUGCGGGCGGGCAUGUUAAGAUGGAGAUGACCAUUAACGUCCGGAAGUCACAAUUCGGAAAUGAUGUUGACAGCACCUACAACAACGGCCCUUUCCUCAACCCCACCCCUGCUCCCACCCCUACCCCGUGUCUUCCGCAUAUAUCUACAUUGCCACCAAGGACAGACAUUUCAGCAGAAAUGUUUGACGAAAGAACAUUCAAAAGUGAGGUUCACUCUUUCUUGAGAGAAUACGCAAUAGAGAUGCUGCAGCAACCUGGCCCACCUACAUGCAUGCGACACGAAAUCACAGAUACCCUAAUCUGCCUUACAUACAAUGAAUUUCAAUACCUACCUCUAUGGGCGGGCGGCAAUGACGAUGAAACGGGUGGUGUUUUCACCGACUUGAUCAUUCCCGCCAUGGACGUCGGUGGAUUCUCAGCUCCUGGACCCGCCGUGCACACUGGCAGUGUCACUUCCACCAACAAUUCUUUCAGCGAGGUCGAGGCCAGUGACACCCAGAGCACGGUUUAUGGCGCAUCUCACAACGCCACUUACAGUUACGCGUCGGAUAUCAUGUCUGUGGACUCUACCGACUAUUCCCAGUUUAGACUCAAACAUGAGAAUCAUGAGGGCCAAGAUGAGGUGCAGUCGGAUACUUACAUGGAGGUUACUGAGUAUGAUGAUGAGGUAUCAUCCCUGGAUCUUGGUCUUACUACCGACGACGGUGAAUACGAAACACAGAGUGAUGGCACCAUUACCAUGGAUAUGGGAUCGCCUGAGCCUUCUGGUACUGGUAUCUCCGAGGAUAUCAAAAUGGACAAGGUGAAGGACGAAGGUAAUGAGACUGAGUUCGAAUUUGUCGAUGCCUAG